UUGCGCUUCAAGCGAUUCAUUCAGCUUGCAGGCAUGGCCACUUCGCAAGUUACCUCCGUUCUACCCGUCAUGACAGAUAUGCAAUUACCACAAUCUUCAUCUGCUACACCUAGUGAAGAUAUAACAUCAAAUGGCACUUCCAUUUAUCCUCAAUCUCAUACACGGUCCCCUCCGAGUCCAUUGACUGCCACUUCGAAUAGCAACCAAACUACUAUAGGCAUGGGGCCGAUGUCUGGUUCUAUACAUAAUGGCGCAAAUUUGAUUCUAGAUCUCAUUAGGACUGAAAGACAACAGGUUUCCGAGGUCGGCCAGCGAGAGAUGGCACACAUUCAGCAACAACACAACGAGUAUCGUGCAUCGUAUUCGAAAGUGAUUCUGGAAGAAUCAAUCAAGCGACGUGAUGCUGAGGACAAAGUUGUGUACCUCUCAACCGAACUGGCCAGAUAUACCAAAGGGGCCACUGAAGUACAGAGUAUCGCUUUGCAAGCUAGAGCAGCCGCAACUGUGGCGCAUAAUACCGCUUCUGAAGCUGAAAAAGCAGCAGAUGAAGCUCGCAGCCACCUCAUGGCGGUCCAGGAUGCGCUUCAGCAAGUUGGAAUUACUGUUAGUCGAGAUGACUCUGUAGCAUCCAACACGCCGAAGAUAAUCUUGGGUACGCCAUGGCUCGAACUCAUCCCAUCCCAAAUCCAUAGCUCAGAUACACCACUCCCCGGUUCCUCCAGUGUCCCAGACAACAAGCCGGGUUCUUCCCCUUCCCAUACCCAGCACCUCGGCUCGCCAUCAAAAUUCAUCUCGUCUAUUAAAGAACACAUCAGUUAUCUCAGCGAUACAUUGACCGUCGCCCAAAACAGCUGCAAAGAUCUUGACUCCCAACGCAAUCAGCUCCAGAGCGACCUUCGUAUGCUGUGCCACGAUCGAAACGAGCUUGAAAGCUUAAAGAAGAAAACAGAAGACAACGCGGAGUUGCUUGGCCAGUGGAAAACUAAACUUGCAAAAUUGGAAAAUGAGAUACAAUGGUUGAAAGUAGAGCGAGAUGACGCGGUUAAGGCCGAAGCGGAGGCUGCUAUUGCAUGUGAAGAGAUGAGGAGCACCUCGGCAGCUAGUGCAGUCGUUCCUCAAAUCGUAUAUUUACCUCCUGUUCUCAAACCGAAUCAUCCUACUAACAGAGGUUUCUACCAGCACGUUCGACCAGCUCUUACAAGAUCAACAACGUCAAGCCGAGGCGAACGCUGAGAAGGUUCGGAUAACACUGGAGGACUCUAUUGAAACCAAAUCCGUGCAAAUCCGUGACCUACAGAACCGGCUCAUACAGCUUACGGCCACUGUAAAUGAAUGGGAGGGUAAAUACGAUGCAGUAACUGAG